AUGCAGCACCCGCCACCAGCCCACCUCUCACACCAACACCUCCGCCCGAUCCAUCCCGACCAUCCCCAUUACGUCCCGCAUCACCAGCCCCUCUAUCCCCCUUUGACCGACGCACGACUGCGUCCCCCCCCACAUCAACCCUCAAGUAUGGCACACCCUCACCAUCCUCCGCGCCCCUCCCAACCGGCCCACUACCUCCCGCCGCACGACCAACCUUCUAUGCUUACGGACCCCCAGGCCAUGUAUCUAGCACAGCUUGCCGCCCGCGAGCAGGAAGCUCGAGAACGCGAAGUCAUCCGCGAGGACCGCUUGCGGAGGCUCCGCCAGCUCCGUAAGCAAUUUUUUGAGGCUCCGUUGGUUGAGAAAAAAUAUUCCGUCUUGCAGAUUAUUGGAGAGGGUGCUAGUGGCGUCGUCUGUUCCGCUGUCGACAACAAGACGGGUGAGGCCGUCGCUGUCAAGAGGGUUAGUCGUGGCUUCGACAAGGUCCCCGUUUCUAUUCGCUUACUGCGUGAAAUCAAGUUUUUGAGGCUGCUUCGCGGACAUGAGAACAUUGUCGAGAUGCAGGGCAUCCUGUUGCCGAGUAGUACCAGGGAGUUUAAUGAUGUAUUUCUUCUCUUCGAGUUGAUGCCUACCGACUUGAACCAUUUGUUAAGGGGUGCCGAUCGACUCAGCGACUUGCAUAUACAGUAUUUUUCCUACCAGAUUCUGCGCGGCUUGGCCUUCAUGCACGGCUCUGGUGUCUUCCAUCGCGAUCUUAAGCCGAAUAACAUUCUCGUCAACGAGGAAUGCUCGCUCCGCAUCUGUGACUUUGGCCUCGCGCGUGCCGCGUUUGAUGACCCCAUGGAUAUGGUCUAUUGGACAGAUUAUGUCGCCACUCGAUGGUACCGAGCACCCGAGCUCAUCAUGACUCAUUACACAAAGUACUCCACCGCUAUUGACAUCUGGUCCGUCGGAUGCAUUCUCGCAGAGAUGUUGGGCAAUGGUAAACCCUUGUUUCCAGGCAGGGAUGCCAUUGACCAGCUCAGUCUCAUGAUUGACGUUUUGGGUUCGCCCAGUGAGGAGGCCAUUCUGAAAGUCCAGUCGGCGAGGGUCCGCGAAGAAAUGCGACGAUGCCCAAAGCGCAGACCGCGUCCCUUCUCGGACUUGUACCCGCAUGCACAGCCGGCAGCGCUUGACCUGCUCUCAAAGUUGCUCGAUUUUGAUCCUUCCAAGAGACCUUCCGCCGCAGAAGCACUACAUCAUCCCUAUUUCAAAGAGCUCAACGAGAACGUCGCUGAGCUUCCCAGCCGGCCAAUACCGAAGCAUGAGUUUGCAUUCGAGCGUCAACGGCAUACUCGGGAAGGCAUGCGCAAGCUCUUCCUCGAAGAAAUUCUCUUGUAUCAUCCCGAGCGUUCCAGGGAGUAUCUACAAGGCCCUGACAGGCAGUGCGGGUUUGACAUACCCAGCCAAGCAGAUACAUUUGCAAACGCGAUGCGCAGUGUGCAAGAAGGUAUUGCGCAACGCAAGACGACAUCCAUGCCCAAGCACAAAUUCAAGCCGAUCACGGACGCUUAUUUGGCAAAGCGCGCAGCGGAGCGGAAGAAGGCCGGGGGCGAAGGUGGCGAUGAGGAUAGUAAGAACGCAACGAUGACCGAUGUGUCAACUUCGCCAUCCGGUCGACUUCCCAUAGGAUCAUCAGCAAGCUGGUAUGGGGGCCCUUCUCGCUCUACGGCAGUGAACUACGAGGCACCUAACGUUGUCUUAGACGAAGAUCCGUUUGGGGUUGGGGCUGUGAAGGUGGAGGAGGACAUGGGCAUGGUGCGUGUCAAUUCUGCUGGUAUCGAAUCAGUGCGUUAGAUUCCGCCCCAGAAGAUAUGGUGAAGCGAAGCAAUUCGGAGCAGUCGCUCUGGCACGGCGUGUCGGGAACAGAAACCCCAUCCAUGUGGAAUGAGCGGGAUCGUUUCGUCCUUCCCAGUGUAGAAGAAGGGACGGAAGUAACUCAUCAUCCCCGUCUAAAGUUGCGGAUGUGAAGAGAGGCGGGGUUCGCUUUCGAGACCUUUUUGUUUAUAUAAUAUGCAUGUAGAAUGAUGUGUGUCUUUUCUUUUUUUGUGCACGUACAAGAAUAUUGCUGUACGCUCUACAUGCCAUGGACAUGACGUUAGGCUCCAGAAAAGAAAACGAUACGUCAAGUCUCCUCACGAAUCGAGCAGAAGAUACGCGCUUCUGUUAAGUUUCUCUGUAGAAUACAACUGCGUCGAGAUAUAGGUUAUACGAAUGCAUUGCACUUCGUAAAGAGUUUUCGCUUCAAGAGUGGUUCUAA